CUUGUUCUCACAAACAAAAUUGAAAAUUGAAAUAGCUGUCACUUACCCACUUCAUUCAUAUUACGCCUCGUCCUUCUUCUUCCUUCCUUCCUUUCUUCCUUCACAAAACAUUUUUCUGAAAUUCCACAAAGCAACAAUGGCGAAGAUGAAGAAAUUCCAAGUGAAAUUAGACAAUUUGAAGCUUUAUGGAUAUGACAAAGAGAAUGAAAGAAUCGCCAUUGAAAUCAAAUGGAAAGGUCCUCAAAGACAUUCCCUUUUAUCCGUUCCAUUUUAUGCAAAAUCCCCUCUCCAAAUUAACCGAACCUCCGCCCAACCAGUUCUAAACAAUCAUCACCAAUGGAACCACGAAUUCCACAGCAUUUGUGCAUUCGAAUUCCCCCAUCAUGAAGAUCCUUCUUCCAUUCCGUUCUGGGAUACAAAAUUCUAUGUCUUACUCGAAGAAUCCACAAAAUCCAAGACGAAGACUUCUGUUUUAGGCAAGGCGUCGCUUAAUUUAGCAGAGAUGCUUUUGGCAUUGGAGAGGAAAAUGGAGCGAAAUGUUCCUAUUACGUUGAAGGAUUCUGCAGGAGCGGCUCCUCAUCAUGCUAUGAUUUCUGUAUGUGUGAAUUUUGUGGAGAUCAGAGAUGGGUCGGACAUGAUUCAUCAACAAGACAAGGAGGGAUUUAUGAAAGCGUUGAAAGGUUUAACGAGCUUCAAGAAGAAGAACAGGGAAAAGGGUAAAAUGAUUUCAUCGGACGGUGAAAACAGGGGUCUGGGAGAUCCAACGAUUGGGGAGGACGAUGGAGAUCAAAAGCUGGGGAAAUUGUUCUCUAAGAAGAGACGGCUGAGUUUUAGUUUUAGACAUUCGAAAGGGAAAGUGGAGCCGUGGUUGGAGAAGACGAACACGGCGGUCAACGACGGAGUUACCGUUGACCAACAGCAACACGACAAUGAUCCUUCCGUGUUGAAAGACGUCCCCAUUUCAACUACUUCUCAGAUGGAGAAAACAGAAAGCACAGCGUUUUCUUUAGAAACAGAUGGUCAAAACAAAGAAACUAGCGGAGGGAAGUGGGAAACUAGAGAAAUAGUAAGCAGAGAUGGCAAGACAAAGCUGAAAACAGAGGUGUUCUUUGGCUCGUUUGACCAGCGGAGCGAGAAGGCUGGAGGCGAGAGUGCCUGCACGGCGAUAGUCGCCGUGAUCACCCACUGGCUGCACUCGAACUAUGGUAUGAUGCCCACACAACAGGAGCUUGACAACCUCAUAAUGGAAGGCUCAUCAGAAUGGCAAAAGCUUUGCAACAAUGUCUGCUACUCCAACUACUUCCCAAACAAACAUUUUGACCUCGAAACCGUCGUGCAAGCUGACGUCCGACCGAUCGCAGUCUCACCUGAAGAUUCCUUUGUUGGGUUCUUCAGCCCAGAGAAAUUCAGCUGCUUGACAGAAGCAAUGUCCUUCGAGCAAAUAUGGAAUGAAGUCAAUGCCAAAACAUGUUCAAUUUACGAGUCGAGAAUUUAUAUCGUGAGUUGGAACGAUCACUUCUUCGUGAUGAAGAUGGAAGAAGAUGCGUGUUACAUCAUUGAUUCAUUGGGUGAACGGUUGUUCGAGGGGUGUAAUCAAGCAUACAUCUUGAAGUUCGAUAGCUCAAGUUUGAUGUUCGAGAAUCAAGAGAAAGGAGAAGCUGGGGAAUUGGUUUGCAGGGGAAAAGAGUGUUGCAGAGAGUUUUUUGAAAGGUUUCUUGCAGCCAUAACCAUUGAAGAGCUGGAAGAAGAACAAAAGAAGUUGAGUGAUUUUAAUUUCGUACCCCAUCAGAGGUUACAAAUUGACUUCCAUUUUAGCAGCCCUGUUGCUUCAUCCUCAUCAACUUCCCCUUACUCUCUUUUCUCUGAUCAAAGCCCUGCAUAAACCAGAGCCCAUCUGAAUGAUUCUAUUCCUUGUAUAUGAAUAGUGUAUAGCUUCUCUAAGAUUUUUCUCCUGGAAAUAAAACUCAUAUCUAUUGGACUAUUAUGAAAAA